AUGGGAGAAACUUCUAUACCGCCAACAACGUGGGGAGUUGAUGUGGACGCAAUAGGUGCAUUUUCCCCGUCCGCUUUUCCUCAGCGCGAAGGAAAUUAUAGAAUUGUUGUUCGCGACACGCUCGUCAUCAACGUUCCGGCUGGGAGUCUUGUCAAUCAGGAUGAGGUGCGACUUCUCGUCAUUGAUGGUGUUGGUGAAGAGUCGUCUCUCGUUGGGACUCCUGAUUGUUUGGGAAACUUGCGCUUCGAAUGGGUCGCCGUUUCCGCAGGUCCGUGCUCGUUCCGGUUCGAGUAUCACCCGUACGCCGCAUCCUCUUCUGUCGUUCCGCCAACGCGGAAACGGACCGAGUCAGACCUCGUUCUGCGACGCCAAGGAUCCACUGUCGAUAACGCGGGUGUUCGUUAUGGCGUUGUAAACAAAGUCAUCGUUGCUCCACGCAUUAUCAUCAAUGGAAAGAUGCUCCCAGUCGAUGCGUUGUCGAUGCAGACUGUUGUUUCACGAUGUCUCGGCCCCCUUGACACAUGGACCAAUCGCCUGCAACGGACAUCUGCGGAUCUUCAUUACAAUGUCAUUCAUUUCACUCCAGUUCAAGUGACGGGAGAAUCGGGCAGCUGUUACUCUCUUGCUGAUCAACUUGAAAUUAGUCCAGAGUUGCUUCCUGCUGGUUCAACGAGUCGAGGUUGGGAGUUGCUUAAAUCGGUUGUUGAGGAGUUAGAAACGCGCUACGGUCUGAUGUCCACAUCGGAUAUUGUGUUAAACCAUACGGCGAACAACACGCACUGGAUACCGCAUCACCCUGAAUGCGGCUACAACGAAAGAAAUUCACCUCACUUGAAAGCAGCAAUCGAAUUGGACGACGCUCUACAGCAGUUCUCGUUUCAAGUUUCUGAAGGAAGAUUUAGAGGAAGCGGAUUACCCGAACGAAUUGAGGACGAGAGCUGCUUGAAAGUCCUUCGCCGUUUGGUACGUGAUCGUGUUCUCAAUCCGUUCCGGUUAAACGAGUGGUUUGAGAUUGACUUCGAAGCUUCGUUGAUGGCGUUCCGGAACUCAAGUUGCAAACACGUGGACAGUGGAAAGUCUGAUAACGAACUAAUCGAUCUUUUGUACGAAGAAUGUUUGAAGACAGUCGGUGUAGCCCGACACACAGGAGUCUGUCCCAAUGGGGAUGUGACGAGUCGUAUGUGCCGCAGUGAUACCCACCUGAGAUCGCUGCUCUCUCAAGUCCAAGCGGGUUUGAACCGCCGAGCUUGUGAAGUUCAACACACAAUUUUGAAUGCCAUUGAAGGAUUUGUCCGCUGGGAGCGCGUUCAAUGCAACAAGGGUCCUGUUGGUAAAACGCACUGGGACGGAUUGGUGCCUCGCUAUUUCACUCCGAUCGUGACAAAGGGUGGUGAGACUCUUCAUCUUGCUAAUAACGGCUGGGUAAUGGAUUGGGACGCUGAGAAGGAUUUUGCUGCCCCGGGAUCUCUGGUUUACUUGAGCCGGUCUCUCGUUGCGUGGUCGGACUGUAUCAAACUUCGUUAUGGCGAUUGUCCCGAUGAUUGUCCGUUUCUUUGGGAUUUGAUGAAGAAUUAUUGUUCAAAUACAGCAAAAAUAUUCAAGGGAAUACGAUUGGACAAUUGCCAUUCCACUCCUUUACAUGUUGCUAAAUAUUGUCUCGCUGAAAGUCGCAAAGUGAAUCCGAAUUUAUGGGUCUACGCUGAACUAUUCACAGGAAAACGGGAAACAGAUUUAGUCUUUGAACGCGAAUUGGGACUCAAUGCUCUGAUUCGUGAAGCGAUGCAAUCCUACAACGGAAGUAAUCUAGCGUGGCACGUGAAGGAGUUUGGUGGACAGUGUCUUGGUGCGUUCGAUCCCAGGCCUUCGAUAUCCCGUUUAAUGGACUUUCCUGUUCCGCUUCUUCGAACUUCGUCGCCUUCCCUUUUCUUCGACUGUACGCACGACAACGAGACGCCACAACAGAAACGAACGGCCACCGAUGCGCUUCCGAACGCCGCAGCCGUUGCCGCCUCUGUUUCCGCAAUUGGCUCAUGUCGGGGUUACGACGAGCUUGUGCCACUUGUUCUCUCCGUCGUUACGGAGCGACGUUUGUACCACUCCUAUCAAGUGGACGACGCCUCUCUUCCUGCUGGUGGCGAUUCUGUCAACUUUGCAACGCAGGCUCGACUGAACACGUCACUUCAUCCGGACGCCUCUGUCGUUGUUGUCAAGGGGUCGUGGGACGAUUGGACAAACGAAAUUCCGCUGGUCCAUCGACAUGGCGUUUGGACGGGUGAUCUUCCAUCUCAUUACUAUCCCGAAUCAGUUAAAGGUUUCGUGAGUUACCAAUAUAAAUUUGUUGCUAACCGGGAAGAUUGGUUCUUUGACCCAGCUCUUCCACACUCGCGCAAUCAGAGCAAUCAUGUCAACAACAUCCUAUCGAUGGGAGUCAAUCCAGUGAAGCAGAUUCACCAAGCGAAAUUGAUCGAGCCACGUCAAUGGAACUCAAAGUCUCAUGGAUUACCCGGUAUCAUGGAGCCACGCAAGGUUCUUAAUCAACUUCAUCAUCGAUUAGCAAUCGAAGGAUUUAGUGAAGUUGCUGUCGAAUCAGCGCGGGGCGAUGAUAUUCUAAUCAUAACAAGGCACGACCCAUCAACCCAUCGCAUGUGUUACUUCUUCAUCUACACGGCAUUCAGCCCAGCUGUACUCGCAAAUCCACAAGAAGGCGGUGCAUUCGAAAUCAAGGGAUCUCUUGACGAGAUUGUGUUGGAAGCGCAGUUGAUUGUUCCUCAAGACGCGUUCUUCUUCGAUGAGACUCAUCAUAUCAACGGACUUCCUUCGCGUUGCCAAUUGUCUGCAUUUUCGAAAGAUCUCAAUUCAAAAUUGAACUUCUUUGAUUCCCGUUUCGAUGAGUGCACCGAUGUGACGCACAUCAACAUGAACAAGGGAUUCUGUCCAGGAAGUGUUUUUGUUCUAAUGACGAAAGGAUACCCCAAAAUACACGAAGCGACUGCUCAAUCGAUAAAAGAGAUGGGAAGCAUUUUAGAAGCUACUUCGGUAUCAACUAAAAUUUCGCGGCCUGAAGAACUCCAUGCGUUCAGUUAUCUGUUAUAUAGUUGUAAUAACGAAGAACGUGACCGUUCGAAAGGAAAGCGUGGUUGCUACGAAUUAGAAACGAUUGGCGCGUUGCCUUAUGCUGGAAUUGCAGGAAUCGUUUCUAUCUUGGAUGCUCUUCGCUGCUCUGAUGAAUAUGAUCAUCCACUGAUCAAAAAUAUCGUUGGAGGCGAUUGGUACUUUGAUUACGCUGCUGACCGUCUCGAUACAGACAGUGACGAAGCGUUUUCUGGUGGAACGGUAGUUGUUCUUCUCAAAGUGGCAUCUUGGUUACGAGAGGCUUCUGCUGACGCUUUGCGAUAUCUUCCACGAAAAAUACUUCCCGGAUAUCUCGAUUGGAUUUUUUCGUCGCUUUACAGUUGGGUAACGCAGCGCUUCAUUAGUGGAAUGCCCGAACCAUUACGUUCUUGUAACGACUUGUUCAUGCUCCGCUUGUCCCUUGCAACCCUUCAAUUCUAUGGAUACGUUCCGUCUUCGCCACUCAUUCAUGGAACGAAUCAUCCGUCACUUUGCGCUGGUCUCCCACACUUUGCGACCGAGUACAUGCGAAACUGGGGAAGGGACACAUUCAUUGCUCUCGAGGGAUGUCUCCUUUCAACGGGUCGAUACCAAGAAGCAAGGGAAGAGAUCUUGGGGUUCGCUCGUGUCAUGAGGCAUGGGUUGAUUCCAAAUUUACUGGAUGGUGGAAACAAUCCGCGUUUCAAUGCACGCGAUGCAACGUGGUUCUUUCUUCGUGCGAUUCAAACUUACUGCAACGUCGCACCUGAAGGCACGGAUUUCUUGUUGGCACCCAUCACAUUGAAGUAUUCAGAGACCCUUGGAGCUGAUACCUCUGUGGAAACCGUUGGUGGUUUAGUGCACUUUAUUUUGUCUCAACAUGCCAAAGGAAUCGAUUUUCGGGAAUGGAACGCAGGCCAUCAGAUAGACGCUUGUAUGAAGGAUGAGGGAUUCAAUAUUAAGAUUCAACUGGAUGAGACAAAUGGAAUUCUAUUUGGAGGAAAUCGGUGGAAUUGUGGGACAUGGAUGGACAAAAUGGGAAGCUCAUACGAAGCCAGCGAACCUUGGCGCGACUAUCAACUCAGACCGAAUUUCUGCGUUGCUUUGUCCGUCUCGCCGGAACUGUUGUCAAGAACCCAAGGACUUGCUGCGUUGGAAACAGCCUCUAACGCAUUGCUGUCAGCGAGGAAUGCGAUCGCGGUCGAACAGGCGCUGGAGGGAUUCAGGGGACACUUCGAUUCCAAUGACGCGUCGGAACUUCUUCGUCUGAUUCCUCAACAAGAUCAAGAUGAGGCACUUCUUUUUACAAGUCAAUUGGGUAUGAAAACGUUGGAUCCAUCGGAUUACAAUUAUCGUCCGGAUUACAACAAUGAUGAUCGAUCACUCGAUGCUAGUGUAGCGCACGGUUUUAAUUACCACAACGGACCCGAAUGGGUUUGGCCCUUGGGACAUUUCCUGAACGCUUUGUUCACGUACCAGAAUCAAUCAGAAUCAGAGGAAGAUCAACCGGAAGAUUUUCGUCUUCAAAGGGCGCGAUUUCAUACGAUGCAGUAUCUGCUGCUCCAUCGACGUCAUAUCGCAACUGAUAAAUGGCUCUCUCUCCCAGAAUUAACAAAUCAUAACGCACGGUUUUGUUCUCAUUCAUGUCAUGCGCAAGCGUGGUCUAUAGGAACGAUUUUGGCUUUCCUAUCUAACGUCGCUGCAGCAUCAUCCCAGUUACAAAACGGUGCGGAAACAUUAACUAGAGCUUCAGAGAGCACACCAAUGAUCGAGAUUCAAACUGUUCCAAAAAAGAGCAAACGCUCCAAAAAUAGAUAG